CAUUUUAAAACUAAUUGUAUAUUUUAAUUUUUUCUUAAGUAUAACUACUGACUAUUUUUAUACAUAGAUAUUUCAUAGUAACCAAAAUUGUUAACAAAUGAUAGGAUAACUUGACUAUUACUGCAACAGAAUACUGAAAAUCAAACAUUAAUUACUAUUGACGAUUUGAAUAAACUCAUUAGGGAGUAUCCUGCAUUUAUAAUGUUGACAUUACAAAAACAAGAUUAUUACACAAGCAAAAGUACAUCCCGUUGCCCUAUGCCUUAUAACGAAAAUACUAUUUUAGACGAUCCUGAUCUUGUGCGGUCUAAGUAUUUCAACCCUAGAAAGUGUAAAAAACCUUGGACAUGGACACAAAAAAAUGAAAUAGAUGUUCCUGUACCCAUUGACGAUACCAUUGGUAAAAAAUUAGGAAAUAUCAUUAAACCUUGUAUUAAAAACAAUACCAAUAUUAUCCAAUGUUAUACACACUAUCUGAAUGUUAUGGAAAGCGUUGGUUUAACAUUAAUAGAUAGAUUUUGUUUGUUUGAACUUGAACUUUGGAAUAAACUAGGACACUUGGAGCUUACUGUAGAUUAUAAAGAAGAUUUUAGUUUAUUCACAAUUACAAUUAAUUUUAAAGCAAUAAAAUUAAUUUUUGAUAAUUCAAAAAAACUUUUAAAAAAUAUUAUUUUUGCAUUUAAACGAUAUUAUAUUUCUACUCUACCUCUGGACUGCGUUGAAAAUAUUUUAGAGAUUAUGCAGUCAUUUUCUGGUAAUGUGAAUGAAAUUUAUCAAUUUAUAAAACUCUUUAAACAAUGUCGUAUAUUAAUGAAAAAAAAAAGAAAUUAUGCUGUUUUAGACAAUGAUCAAUAUUGGAACUGGGAUUUUACUUCUGUUUGCAAACCUGAUGACCAUUUACUGGUAUCUACACAAAAUGAAAACGGUAUUAUUGGAUUAAAUCUUUUUACCUCUAAACAAAUAAUAAAUUCAAAGACAUAAAUUUUAUUUUUUAUUAAAAUUAUGAAUACAUUUUUAAACAUCUCAUUUAUCUAUAAUAUAAAUUAACAUGUGUGUUAUUAGAAUUAAUUAAUUAUUAUUAAUUAUUUGCGUAUAUUUUUACCAUAACUCAUGUAAGAGUAGUAAGGUACAAAUUCAAAAUUUGAUGUUAAGAUUUCAAUUAUGCUACUUUAUUUUUGAUAUUUGACGCCCAAUAGCAUUAAUGUGUAUGUUUCAAUUUUUUCUAGAAUUUGCAAUUUUUCAUAAAAUUUUUCACAAAUUUUUGUUCUUUAAUCUUUCUUAGGAGUCCGAUUUAAAUACUUAUUGUCUAAAGCUACGUGACACAUAAAAUCACUUAUGAUCUUUAAUUUCAUUAAAAUUAUAUUUUUUUUGACAUUCAAUGUACAGUAAGUUUGGUAUAAUCAGUAUGUGAAAUAUUUUUAAAUAUAUUUUAGUAUCUAUUCAAAGCGAAAAAUUAUUUAUUUUACAAUGGUGUGUUUUUUGUGUAUAUUGCCACAUUUUCACAGCUCGCAGCGAACAUUUUUUUUCAACGAUAUUUCAAAAGAAAAUAAAUAAAUAAAUCGUAUCUAAUUGAAAACAUUAUCCUAAAAUAACCGAAGAAAUUUUCCACGUUUCCCGUAAAUGGAAGGAUGCCUCCCCAAAAGCGAUUUUUUUAUAAAUACGUUAGAUAUUUACCAUUAUUUAAUAUAAGUUUUCGAAAAUCUAACCCAUUACUUGCUCACCAAAAUAGAUUUAAAAUAGAAACUUUUGCACAAAAAGUAAUAUAUUCAUCUUAAUUUUUGAAAAUGUUCCGGAAAUACUCUAAGCUUUAAACGCAUGUUAAACUUAUGAUUAUGCUAUUUACUACAGUAAAAAAAAAUCUCAUAAUUUUAUGAAAAUUUCAAAUUCAAAAUAAUAACAUGAUAGAAAUAUUUUCAAAAUUAUUCUUACAUGAUUCUAGAAUAUCACAGUAACGUUACUAGAAAACUAUUUGGCCAAAUCUCUAUGCUCUGAGAAUAUUUCCUAACAUUUCCUUUAAUAUUAUAUUCAAUAUACAAAUACUAUAAUCAUAUUCAUGUUACAUAACAACAAUAUUUUAGAAAUAUUAUUGAAAUAUUAUUGUAUGGUAUCAUAGUACAUAGUAACUCAAAAUUAUUGUAGAUGGGUUUGGUAUAAGCAUAAGGAUGAUUUAGUUGUUAUGUACCUAUUAAAUAAAAUUUUCUCUCGAGGUAUAAGUGCGAGGGUUUUAUGAGAUGUAAAAUAUAGAAUAACAAACUGAUGUGUGAACAUUUAUUAAUUUAAUAAUAAUUUGAAAUAGAAAUUACUGUGAUUUAUUAUUAUACUUUAAGUAUUUAAGCUUGUGCUGAUUGUGUGUCGUGUCAAUAAAUAUAUCAAGUAGUAAAAAAACCACAAAUGGGUUCUCUAUCUUCGCAUGAGAGUCUAUUUUUUUAUUUAUUACAUAGGUAAUCCACUCAAAGAUUGGACUAAGCUGGUUAACUUCGUACAAACAUUAAUAAGCAAUAUUUUAUUCUAGUAAUCACUUAAAUUUUUUAAUUUCCUACUUAAUUUAUGUAAUCAAUAUACUUAACUUUAAAUUGUAUAAGACUUCUGUAAAAUGAUAGUUUACCAUCACGAUGUUGGAAACAAGAUUGAAAAACAAUAUACUUCGAUCUUAAGUGAAUUUGUGAUAUAUGACAGACUACUUCUUACAAUUGUUAAAAAAUCAUAAAAUGAAAGAGUAGUGAGUGGAAGUAACAGUUUUUAUAUUAAAUUUAAC